CAGUUACGUAGUUACCCCUCACAUCCUACCGGUGCCUCUCAGCCGUAUAACUGGACUGCAUUGCUAAACCAUGGGCAGUGUAUUGGCUGCCAGCUCCCCAAACCCACCACCAGCCUCAGGGGGUGGCAGUGCCCCGGCUGGUGCAGGUUUGGUGACUGUACCUCCAGGUUUUACUAUGCCCCCGGUGUCUGGUGUGCCACCCUCCUCGGGCACUCAGGGGCAGCCUGGGACAGAUGCAGAAUCCUCCCUUCCCAAUCCUGGCACAUUUGAAGAGUGCCAUCGCAAAUGCAAAGAGGUCUUCCCUGUGCAGAUGGAGGGGGUUCGCUUAGUUGUCAACAAGGGCUUGAGUAAUCACUUCCAGGUUAGUCACACAAUUACUCUGAGCACAUUGGGGGACUCGGGGUACAGAUUUGGAUCCACAUAUGUGGGAAGCAAGCAAACAGGACCUGCAGAGUCUUUUCCAGUCAUGGUAGGUGACAUGGACAACACGGGCAGUCUAAACGCGCAGAUCAUACAUCAGCUCACCAACCGAGUUCGCUCUAAAAUUGCCAUACAGACACAGCAACACAAGUUUGUAAACUGGCAGUGUGAUGGAGAGUAUCGUGGCGAUGACUUCACAGCUGCAGUUACCCUUGGCAACCCAGAUGUUCUCGUGGGAUCUGGUAUCCUAGUGGCGCACUACCUCCAGUCGUUGUCUCCCUCCUUGGUAUUGGGUGGUGAGCUGGUUUACCACAAAAGGCCAGGAGAGGAGGGCACCGUCACAUCAUUAGUGGGCAGAUACACAGGUAGUAACUAUGUCGCCACAUUGACGGUUGGAGGAGCUGGAGCACAUGCAUCAUACUACCACAAAGCCAAUGACCAGCUCCAGGUUGGAGUGGAGUUUGAGGCCAGCACACGGAUGCAGGAAACAAGCGUGUCGUUUGGUUAUCAGUUGGAUGUACCCAAAGCAAAUCUGCUUUUUAAAGGUUCUUUGGACAGCAACUGGGUGGUGGGAGCGACGCUGGAAAAGAAGCUGUUACCCCUUCCUCUAUCAUUAGCUCUCGGCGCCUUUCUUAACCACCGCAAGAACAAGUUUCAGUGUGGCUUCGGCGUCACCAUUGGAUAAAAUGGCCAUGGCCAUUACAGAUUCUCAACAGAUACAACCCUCCGCCAUGCUUGGACUGGUGCAGAGAGACACGGGGACAUGGACCAACACCGAAACAGACUCAGAGACUCCCAGUAUUAGCGCGUUAAACCUUCACAAAGGUGGACCAGGACAAAGAGCUCACAGGACUGUCCAACAGAGCUCUCUUCAAUCUAAACGUUCAGACAGUCACAUAAGGUUUGAUUUUAAAUAGCAUGCGAAAGACGUAUGUCUGAUAUGUGCAACAUUAAAGGUGUUUUGGAAGAAAGUAGUAUCUGUAAUCACACUGAUUCGGUUGAAAACAGUUAGCUAAUGUGGUGAUGCCUUUUGUUUUCUUUAAGGGCAAGUGAUUUUUUUGGAUCUGUAAACAAACCAUUUGUUUUGGUCUAUAUAAAUGUGGUCAGGUAGUUUGUGUGUGUGUUUUUUAUGUUUUUCAUUUGAAGAUUGAAAUGAUUUAAUUUUCAGUAAUUCACUCGUCAAACUGCUGUUUGUCAAAAAUGUUGAAAAUCCAAUGCAUGGGAAGCUCUGGGUUUGAGUGAUGGGUUGUUUAAGUCCCUUUGUCUCAUGAUUAUAACUAGUCACACAGAAGCGUCUGAGACUUCAGACUAUGGGCUCGUUUUCCUGUAUUUGUCUUUUCGGGUCUUAGGCCCAGAUUUGGGUGCUGGCUUCAUAAUGACCGGGCCUAACCAAUCAGGCUGUCCUUUUUAUGUGUCUCGACAUGAAAUGCGUCACUCUGAAUUUUCCACAUGGAAGAAUUUCCAAAGUUUGUAUUUUAAUUAGUUGUACACCGUUAAAAGGUUCUUAGGAGGGCAGUCGAAGAGGGUGGAUGCAGAUAUACUGUAAUAAACCUGUACAAUUUAAGCUGGUUUUAAUGCCCAGAGGAGUUUUUUCAUGUCUCAUGCUGAUUUCAUGUCGUUGUGACAUGGUGGAGUACUAUAAAACAGGCUUUUGGCCUGAUUCUAAUGGAUUAUUUUACAGUGCAAUUAUGUUGAAUAAACAUUCGAUUGUGAAUUGA